GCGAAGCGUGCUCGAGCGCCAGUGUCGAAGGCUCGGGUGAGUUCGAUGCCGCGUCAAGAUGUGUCGAAAUUAUUUCGUAGCGAAAUUCGCUUGAGAUAUCCCGAAAGUGGUGCGGGGGUUCGCGUCGCUCCGUCGUAAAAUAAUUCGGACGUUUUUCGAGAGGAGCUAAAAAAACGCACGUAAAAUUAACGGAUAAUAGCGAGCCUUUCGAGUAACUGUACAGUGACGCAACGUCCGGUGUUACUACAUCUUAUUAGAUGAAAACAAAAAAUAAAAAAAAGGAAAAGGAAGAAAGAGAAAAAUUUUUUGCUGCACUUCUGCAUACAGUCGGGGCGUCUCUUGCGCCAGACAUUCUUCUUCUCACUGCGUUGCACUUUCUGUUGAUGAAAAAUGAAUAAUUUCACAUCGUCGAUGCGUUAAUUGAUUCAAAGGAAAGUGUUUCGAAAUUUCUUUUUCUUUUGCGUAGAAACGCGUAAAAGUACGAGGCUCGUAUAACCGAUCACGUAUCACUCGUAAAAUAUAGCUGGCAAAGUUUAAAAAACUUUCGAUUAUUAUACGUUACGAGGCUCGCGUACGUAGAGGUAAUUUAUCGGAGUGCAAGUUAUUCGUGUGGGUAUAGGUGAUCGUGGAUUCAGUGUGGGUUAGCGCAAGAGAGACAGUUAUUAGAUGUGUGACGUUAGAACUAGUCUUGAAACACCUGUUGACGCACGCUCGAAAAUAAACUGAAAAAACAAAAAAAAAAAUGACGAGAAAACUGAGCAAGUUUUUAAUACUGUUCGACAAUACGAACCUUCUCUAUUUUCCGGGACAUUUUCUCUCGGGGAGGGUGCUCAUAGAGCUGGACGACGAGGCGUAUGUCUCCGGUCUGCAUUUUCACGUCGUGGGCGAAGGGGUGGUCAGGGUGCGAAGUCAGAGGGCGGAGCGUGUGUACGACAGAGAGAACUACAUCGAUUUUCGCAUGAGACUCCUCGGGGAGCCAGGAGAAGGUCCCUCGUUGUUGUCCCCAGGGAUUCACAGCUUCCCAUUCAAGCUGGGACUACCUCUCGGACUGCCUUCUACUUUCCUUGGAAAACACGGAUGGGUGCAAUAUUUUUGCAAAGCAGCGUUGAGAGAACCUGGCGGUCUGACGCACAAAAAUCAGCAAGUUUUCAUCGUCAUGAAUCCCAUCGACCUGAACCUCGAACCCCCGAUAUUAGCGCAACCGGCUAGACUCGAAGUGGAGCAGAAAGUCGGAGUUUCUUGCGUUUCCGGGGGUCCGGUUUUCUGCCGGGUGAGCUUAGACCGAGGUGGUUACGUCCCCGGGGAGACGAUCGGAAUUUCGGCUACCGUUAGCAACCGCAGCAAGGUGACGAUGAAAUCGACGAAGGCCUCGCUCACGGAGACGAUCCAGUACAUGUGUCGGGGAAAAGUUCUGGCCAGCGAAACGCGGGAAUUGGCGAGCGUUUCCAGGGGUAAAAUCCGCCCCGGAGAUGGCGAGGAGUGGCUGAACGAACAGAUGUACGUUCCCCCCCUGCCACCGACGAAUUUGAGGGGAUGUCACCUGAUCAAUAUCCUCUACCACGUCUACUUCGUCAUAACGCCGAAGAGUCUGGACAAAGAAAUUAAACUUCAAAUACCGAUAGUACUGGCAACUUACCCUCUGAGACCGGAAGGAGUCCCAGCGGGAACGGCGCCUUCUAAACGCGGUGCUCAUUAUCCUUCGACAUUGCCGAUAUUCAGGCCCUGGCUCGACGACAAGGCCUUCGACGUCCAGGAAUAAAAUUGCGGUGCUUUUCUUCACGUACAGAUCGCCAUAUUAAUUAUUUAACAAACUUUAUAAUUAUUAAAAAUAGAGAUAAUUAUUUAUCAUAAGAUUCGUAUACCCACGAUAUUUACCAUAUGUUAUUACUCGAGAUUAAUUGAUAAUAAUUUAAUAUAUAUUUUAUGUACAGUUAUGUUUAACAGAUUUCUCUUCAUACAUAAAUACGUACUAAAUUAGAGAUGACACGAGAUCUAAACGACACACGUCCAAUGAAAUAAAUCGACAAAUUUAAUAUCAACUUUCCUUCA